CUCUGCUCUCCCCACAGUAACUUGUAUUCAAGAUGUUUUAACGACGCUGCACACUUAACGUUCAGGCCUGUCGGAGAGCAAACCGACAGGAGAUGAGGAGAUAGUUUGACACGGAGCUCUUCAUCGCUGAGACUUGUGGGGGGGGGAUGAAAAGUCAAGCUGCGCUCAGAGCACACAGCAGCAGCGGCGGCGGAGAGGGGUGCAGGGGGGACGGAGCAGACACCGGCCGGUCUGUGGACGCUGCACACAGGCACACAGAGACAUAGACACAGAGCUGCAGAAAGGACGAGUCUUUGCCUCUCAGCCACACCGAGGCUUUGGUGGGAAAAGUUUGGGCAGCCGCUGGGACAGUGAAGGCAUCAUGGUUGUGUCUGUGCGGAGCUGGGUCGCCAACGAGGGAGGAAAGCACUUGGUCCUGAUGCUUUGGCUGGGAGUGAACACCUGGCUGUUCCUGAAGACCUUCCUGCUGUACUCCACUGGACAGCAGUAUCACUACCUCUACAAGAUGCUCGGGCUAGGGCUGUGCAUCAGCAGGGCGUCUGCGUCUGUGCUGAAUCUGAACUGCAGCUUGGUGCUGUUGCCCAUGUGUCGCUCCCUGCUCACCUUCUUCCGAGGAACACACAAGGUAUCCAGCAGAGAGACUCGCAGACUGCUGGACAAGAGCAAGACUUUUCAUGUGGCAUGUGGAGUAGCCAUCUGCAUCUUUUCUGUUGUACACGUGUCUGCCCACCUGGUGAAUGUCGUCAACUUCAGCGUGAGCUACUCGGACGACUUUCCUGCUCUCAAUUUGGCUCGCUACAGAGGAGAGGACCCCAAGCUGAUCAUUUUGACCACAAUCCCAGGAGUCACAGGCGUUCUGUUGGUUCUCAUCCUUUUCCUGAUGUUCACUUCCUCCUCCCACUGCGUACGGUUGUCCAACUAUGAGAUCUUCUGGUACACUCACAACCUCUUCAUUGUCUUCUACGUCAUCCUCAUGGUGCACAUGGUUGGCGGAGCCCUGAAGUAUCAAACGAACAUAGAGGCCCACCCUCCUGGCUGCCUCAGAGCCAAUCAGAGCAGCACAGAGCAGCAGGGCGAGGAGCUGGAGCAGGGUGAAGAUGAAGAGAGGAGAUGUAAAGAGGAGGCUCACUUCCAGCCACACUACCCCCAGACGUGGCUUUGGGUGUCCGGUCCUCUCUGCCUUUACUGUGCCGAACGUUUCUACCGCUACAUCCGGAGCAGCAGCCCUGUUACCAUAGUGACAGUCAUCAGGCACCCCUGUAAUGUCAUUGAGUUGCGCAUGCUGAAGAAGAACUUCAAGGCUCGUCCGGGACAGUAUAUUGUUCUUAACUGUCCAGGUGUCUCUUCAUUUGAGAACCAUCCCUUCACGCUCACGACGUGUCCCACGGAGAACAAGGAAACUUUUGGCAUCCAUCUUCGAGUCGUGGGAGACUGGACUGAGCGCUUCACACAGCUGUUACUUCCUGAACCGAGGAAAGACUUGGAGAUCCUUCCCAUGGUGCAACAGAGGAGAUACCCCAAGCUUUACGUGGACGGGCCCUUUGGAAGUCCAUCAGAGGAAGUGUUUAACUACGACGUCAGCGUUUGUGUCGCGGGUGGAAUAGGAGUCACGCCGUUUGCCUGCGUGCUGCAUGCUCUGCUUGACGGCUGGACGGGUUUCAGGUUGCAGAGGUUGUACUUUGUGUGGGUCUGCAGGGAACUCCAGUCCUUCUACUGGUUUGCUGAGCUGCUGUGUGCACUUCAUCACAAGCUUUGGCAGGAAAACAGACCAGACUACUUCAAUCUGAGACUGUACGUCAGUCAGACAGACAACCUGCAGAGUAUGUCUGAGGAGAGGUAUCGCCCACUCACCUCCAGGCUGCUGGUCGGUCGCCCCAGGUGGAAGUUACUGUUUGAUGAGAUCGGGAGGACCAAUAAGCACAAGCGAGUCGGUGUUUUCUGCUGUGGACCAAAGGGCAUCUCCAGGACUCUCCACAGACUGUGUAACUCAGCCCGAUAUUCUGGAACAACAUUUGAAUUCAACAAGGAGUCCUUCAGCUGAUCCAACAUUAGAGCUGGUUCCAAAGUUUGAGGUCAACCUCACAGCAACUUUGCCAUUUGAUAUAUAUGAAAUGUGCCAAAAGAACUUGAGUAUUCACAGACUAUUAUUAUUAUUUCAUGUGCAUCCCCGCCCAUGCUCACAAAAGGCCCAGCAGGACAAGACCAUAACAUGCAGAUGAGGCCUGUUUCUCUCUCUAGACCAGCCCGACCCCCAACUGACGGCUCUAAAAAAAAAAUCUGUGAAACUGAAGGGACCAGCCCACUGCUCGGAUUUUCGUCUUAUGGUGCUCUGAGUUUCUAAAGUUGCUGUUGGUUUUCAUCUUUUACCUAACACAUCCUUACUGUGAAGUAAAAUCAUUUCUCAUGCUGGUUGCCAUUGUGAGGAAGAAAAUUUGCUUACACAACCUGCAAUUCACUGACCACAAACACAGCAAGAUAAUGAUAUUACACAAGAGGGAAUUCAUUUUUCAGUGGAUCAGGGCUGAAACAUCACAUUUAAGAAACUGUUAUCCUACUGUAUAUAACCAUGAAUUGGCACCACAUGGGCAAAUCAACUGUUGUAACCAAGAACUAGUUUAGUGUCAGUUUAAUGACUUUACUUAACCUUUACUUGACAUCAACCUGGCAGCCAACACACUCUACAGACCAAAAAGUGUGGAAGCAGGAUUUGUAGACAGCCUGAAGGGAAAUGUUAGUUUUGAGUCCCUCAUCAGAGACCAAACACUUCCUGUGUCUGAGCUGAAAACAGUCUCAAAGUAUUUGAUUUGUCUGUGAGACUGUCAAUCAUGAGAUCCACAGUGAUUUCCUCUCAUCAGAGGAGAGUGGAACCUAAAUGAAAACUCUAGGUUCAGUUUUUAUUUGUUGGUUAACUGUUCAUGUAUGCUUAUCAAAGAUCUGUCUUUACACUAAGCAAACCUACACAACACCUCAAGCCAGUAUGCUUAGUUAGAUUUUUUCCAAUUUAUUUAUAUGUUUUAAAGUUAUUUUAUGUGAAAAAACUUCUGCAGGGCUUUGGCAGUUUCUCAACAAAUUAGGUGUCAUUAUGUUUUACAUAUCUCCUGAAAGUCAAGUUACUGAUAAAGGAAAUGAAUGAAAGCAUUUCUAACAAAUCAUAUGCAAGUUUAACACUAUAUUUUAGUUUGUCAGGUUUUAGAGUCUGCUUUUUUUAAUGCCAAAACUGGAAACACCAGGUUUCUGCAAAGAAUCAACAUCUUGAUAUUUCUGAUUUUGUGACUGAAAGAACAGUUUUCUCUCACGUUGUGAUUAGCAACCAUUUAUUUAGCAUUUAUAAUUUAAAUAUAUUUAAAUGUUAAAGUGUUUGUCUAUUAUCAGGAUUGUCCUCUUUUUAUAAGAACAAGGCAAUGUCUGAAAUAAAAGAGAUUUUUUUAUUUAUUAUGUUUCGAUUACCUGCACAUAAUAAGUGGGAAAAUAUUUACUUUUUCUAAUCCUGGCACGAUUUAAAUAUACAUAUAUAUAGUAUAUAUAACACAUAUAUAAUUCAUAGGCACAAGCUAAUACUUAAGAAACAAUAUUAUACUGUCAAACAGCAGUUUGACUGUUUAGCAACAUUAACACUUUGUCCUGUUAUCUGCUAACUCUCUCUACACAUUCAGAUUUCCUUUAAAAGAUGUGAUCGUCUCAGGUAACGUGUUUUUAAUCAACAUUCCUAUUUAACCGACAGAUUAAAAAAAAUCACACUGAAAAUGGGAUUUAGUUUGUUUUUAAUGCAGCAUGUACAAACUCAUGAUUCAUCUUUGUUGUCAUGAUACACAUCACAGUCAUCAUACUGUCAUCCUUUAGCACCAGUGCUAACACACAAUAGAGUGUGUUGGAGAUUUGGUAAGUGAUUUUACUUCUAUACAACUGUUUCGCACUGAAAGACACUGAUAUAUGAACUGUUUAAAAUCAGUGAAUGGUCGGCCAUUCUGAUCUACACAGACAAGGCAUCCUCCCCCAGGAAUUUUAGCUUCAAACAUUUAGUUUCCUGCAUUCUGGUGAAUUUUUAUAUGCGUCAAUUUUUGCCUUUUCUGCACCAGUUUGUGGUGGAAAUGUCUUUAAUUUCGUCAAAAUAAAAAGUCCUCAGCUAC